AUGUCGGCACUCCCCUCUUGGCCGGCACAUCAACCCGCCGCAUGCCGGCCCUUAUGGCUUCAAAGGUUACCUGUUGCGCACUCGGCAGUGGUCGAUGGAGCAUACAUCCUCAAGCUCUCUCCGGAGAUCGCUCGUCAGGGCAGCGGCCUCUUUGCCCGCGACGUGGACCAGCAUGCGCUCUUCGGCAAGCGGGCCGUAGACAUGGGCAUCGACUUCAAGGUACGCCAGGAAUUCAAAUCAGAUGUCUACCUUGGGCUCUCCAUCGACUUGGCCGACCACCUAGCGCCUGAUGACGCGAUAAACCGGCUGCGGUCCGUUCCCGGUGUUGUGGAUGUCACUCCCGUCUACGAUGUCCAUAUCCCAGACCGCCCGAUCAACGAGUCCGUGGACACGACCCAUUCACUCACCUCGUACAAGGCGGACGGUCUCUAUGGCGUACCCGAGGGUCCGCGCAUUUUGGACGCCCCCUUGCGCAUGGCUGGGGUCGACAAGGUACACGCUCUGGGCAUCAAGGGCAAGGGGAUGAAAGUCGGCAUAAUCGACACUGGUAUCGACUACAGACAUCCGGCGCUCGGCGGAGGAUUCGGACCGGGGAAGAAGGUUGCCGGCGGCUAUGCUUGGGUCGCGGACAACGGAGGUCUGGUGCAGAGCCAAGAUCCCCUUGCGACUUGCUAUGGCGGCGGGCAUGGCACCCACGUUGCCGGGACUGUCGCCAUGAACCCAAUGCAGGCCCCUGAUGGACUACCUGUCACCGGCGUGGCUCCGGAAGCUAGCAUAUUUAUGUACAGGAUCUUCGACUGUAACGGAAGGGCGCCUGGCACAGACUAUAUCAUCGCUGCGAUGCUCAGGGGUAUUCAGGACAAAGUCGACGUACUGAGCCUCUCACUCUCGAUUGGAGCAACUCCUGCCACGGGCCUCGGAGACCCCCUGGCCGACAUUAUUAAGCGAGUGACGGAUGCAGGCGUCGCCGUAAUUAUUGCCAUCGCCAACGAUGCAGGGCCGAGCCCCUUCUCCAGGAACAUCUACACACAGGAGUUUCCAAGCACCGAGCCGACGGCCAUUGCGGUGGGAUCCGUUGCAAACCAGGACUUUCCUCUGUUAUACAACAUGACAGACUCGGUGGGGAAUACCAUACAAUACGCCUCCAUCUGGCCCAUCAAAGUCCCGGAGCUCGAGGUCAUUGUGGUCUCCGAUCCCUGCUCGAUCGCGUCAUGGAGAGACGCUGUCUCGGGCGUCAGCGCCCAGAGGCUAAACCAGACCAUCUACGCCUUUGAAGUCAGCGAGGAUUGCCGGUCAGCAGACGCCAUUUACGCAGCCCAGCGCUCCAUGCCGCCUUUUAUCAUGGGGUACGGCGUCGCGUCGCAGAACCCCUACGCCGAGCCCUACAGCCUCCCGCCGCAAUCGCGGCUCGGAACUUCGCAUUUCAUCCAGCUGAGCACACUGGAUGGGGAUCGGCUGCGGGCUGGCCUGGCGACUGCGGGGAAAGGAAAUAACUAUACGGUCAAGUUCCCGGCUCAAAGCAGCUUCUCGAGCGCCCCGCAGAUAACAGGAGGGAGGAUGGACUAUUACUCGUCCUUUGGCCCCCUACGGCUUACGUACGACUUGAAGCCGCAGAUAUCGGCACCGGGGGGCAACAUACUGUCUACAUUCCCACUAGGCGAGCUCGGCGGGUAUGCUAUCAUGUCGGGAACAUCAAUGGCGACACCAUUCCUCGCAGGCUGCUAUGCCCUCGUCAAGUCACAGUUCCCGGAAGACAAUAUGGCCAGAAUUCUGGAGAGGCUCCAAACGACAGCAAAACCGAUGACCUGGGUCUUUGACGAGGAGAUGCUCUCUGCGACGGCCCAGCAGGGCGCGGGGCUCGUCGACGUGCACCGCGCCAUCACGGCUAAAACACGCCUGAGUCCUGGCCAGCUGCGAAUCGCUGAUAAUAACAAACGCGUCUUCGGUCGGGCAAACAUCACGCUUACCAACGGGGGGAUGUCUCCCAAGACGUACAAGCUGUCACACCGCGGUGCGGGCUAUAUGAACCAGCUAUUGGCGAUUGGGGAGCGGAACCAACGGCCGAUAUAUGGAACCGCGAGGUUCGACAUAUCCUCGUCGCCGACUGCCAGCCUCGAGGUCGCACCUGGAGAAAGCGUGACUGUGGGCCUGAGUAUCGCGCCGCCGGCUGAGGGAGUCGAGCCGCGGAGGCUGCCCGUGUUUGGCGGAUACGUGCAGGUGCGCGAGGAGGGUGGGGACGGCGAGGGGCUCAGCAUCCCCUACAGCGGCCCGCCCUACAGCCAAUACAACGCCGAGUCGAUCGUGCUGCAGACCGUGGGGCGGGCGCUGCCCGAGAUCGUCUACUUCUACCGCAACGGCACGCCCGUCGUCGUGCAGGACCUGCUGGUGGUAAACAACUCGAUGCAGUGGGGGUCGACGGCCCUCUUUGACCUCUGGACGACCGCAUACCGCAUCGACGUGGUGCCGGCCAACACGAGCGUCGUGCCGACGCACCGCGGCUUCAGCAACGGGACCGUCGCGGGGGCCGCGGUUGCUGGCUACGAGACCGCCGCGCCGCCGGGCGCCACGCUCCCCGAGGGCCACGCGAGCUUUGGCACGCUGCGCAACAUCACGGGCUUGCUGGGCCCGUCUAACGACUUCAGCCCGAAUAGCAAGGGCGGGCUGGACGUGGCGGGCGGCGACCGGCGGACCACGCGCCUCGGGCCAGGCGACUACCGCUGGCUAGUGAGCGUGCUGCGGUGGGGAGGCGACAAGGAUCUCCUCGAGGAUUGGGAGACGUGGCUCUCGGGUGUGAUUCGGCUUGUCAACGGUCCUGCUUAUUAG